UAUAGAUACAAGAUCUGAUAUAGGAAAUGCAGUGAACACCAACACCAAACAGUUGCAGCUCGCUAAUUCUUCAUCACAAGGUUCUAGCAUGUCCAGAUCCACUGGUGAAGCCACACCCCCAUCUAAUCUACCAAACCCAAACUCUCUUAAAUCCCUAAUCAGCCAGGACGAGGAGGGGGUCGAGGGUGAGAGAUUAGCCCUAACACCGGACACUGAGCUGCUAGCAAAGAAGGACCUGGUCCAGGACAAGAACAAGGUGGCGAAUAAAGGGACUGGAACUGUAGACGAGGAAGAGGAGGAUGAGUUUGGGUUCUUUAUGAAGGCAGGAGAUGAACAGAUCUGGAAUAAAGGAUCUAAUGAGCUCCGAAUAGUGCCUUGUGAAAAGCAGGAUGACAUGGACUACUCUGAUGCAAAUGAACCCCCAUCCUGGGCGUCUGAUUGGACCGAAGGCCUGCCAAUCAACCAAUCAGGUAGCAGCUGGACGGCGUUUAAACAGGACAGCAGAGAGCUGGAGACGGAGUGCUGGUUUUCAAGUGCUGUGGAAAACGCAAACCUCACGAAAUCAUCUUUAAUUAAUGUGUUUUCCGGAGCAUUCCCCACUGUAAUUCAGCCCUGUGAAGAUUCUGAAUUUGUUCCAACAUUGAAGGAGCUGCUGCAGGCACCUGAGCAGAGAAACAGAACUGUACAGGAAGGGUACGUCCAAAAAUAUUGA